AUGACAAGCCUCUGCAGCCUGACGGUCCGAGGACCAGCUGUCGCCGGCGCCUUGUCUUCACGAGGAGGCGACCCAGCACCCCAGCAACCCGCAGCAUGCCGCUUGAGGCCUUGCGGAAGGCCGGCGACUUGGGUGGCUGCAGCGGGGGGACGACACCGCCGCUGCCGGCGGCACCAGCAGCGGCUGGCACGAGUGUCGGCGGGCGAGCUGCCCGUCGUGCGGUGGCAGCAUGGGCAGUGCCUGCAGCUGCUCUUCAUCGACAGGAGCGACACCGUGCGGAGCCGGUUUGCACUGGGCAUGUUUGAGCGCAUCUCGGCAUGGAGCGGCUGCAGCCGGUCGCUGGCGGGCACGCCCUGCGGGCUGGACGCCGCCGAAGGCUCCAGCCCCGGGCUCGGCACGCAGGCAGGCCUGUUCAGCCUGGCGGCCUCCUGGCAGCUGCGCCCCCACCUCUUUACCAGCGCCCGCAUGCGCUUCGAGCCUGAUGAUAUUGACAGGUUCGACCUGCUGAUCUGCCUGGACAGCGGCGUGCAGGCGGGGGUGCUGCGGGCGGUGUCGGCUGACCGCCCCAACGAGCCCGCCUCGUACGUGCAGCGCAUCUGCUGCCUCUCCGACUUCCUGAUGUACUGCUCCGAUGCGGUACUGCUGAGCCCCGGCAGCACCAGCGCCCUCGACCGCCAGCUGCGCAGCCAGGUGGCGCUGGCGCUGCCCACGCUGCGCCCAUCGGCGGCCAGGGUGGCGGCGGCCGCCACGGCCGGCGGUGGCGGCAGCAGCAGCGGCUUCACCGGCAGGGACGCGGGCGAGGUGGCUGUGCCGGCCUACAUGCUGCCGACAGGCAUCCCGCGGCCGCCGCUGCAAGGCGACGGCAGCGGCAGCGCGGAUGAGCAGUGGGAGCGCAUGGCGCUCAUGCUGGCGGUGUGCUGCGCAGGCUUCGUGCGGUAUCUGCUCGACUGCGGCCCCGACGAGCAGUCAGGCUACGGCUCCGACGGCUGA